GUGGUCAGCUGGGUUCAUUUGACAGCAAGUUGUUUAUUGUGGGUUCGCUGUGAAUUUGUGUCCAAUCCAGGAAUAAUGCUAAAACCCAAGCUGCUCACUCAAGUCCUGGGACAAGCUAACACAGGAGGGGUCGAGAACACACUCCUCCUUAAUCAAGAAGGAAGUCUCCUGGCUUAUUCUGGCUACGGUGACAAGGAUGCCCGGGUAACUGCUGCUAUUGCCAGUAAUGUGUGGACUGCUUAUGAAAAACAUGGACGGAAUACAUUUAGAAGGAGUGAAGAUCACCUCCAAGUGGUUCUGUUGCAGUGCGAAAAUGGCAAUGUUGCAAUUACUCAGGUGGCAAACUUGCUGCUGUGCCUCUAUGCCAAAGAGAAUGUGGGCUUGGGCAUGCUGAGUCAAAAAGCAAAGGCAUUGGUGACGUAUCUGGAGGGACCACUAAAGGAAAUUGCAACUUCUUAAUCCUUUUAUUAUAAUUCUUGCUUAUUCUUUUUUAUAAAAUAAUAUAGAAUAUUGUUGAUUGA